GUGGAUUUCUUCACUGAAUACAAUCCAGAGCUCGACGAGUUCCAUGAGUUAAUCAGUUUUCUACUAUUGUUCUCAGCUUAACGUGUAGUCUAUACUUUUAUACAUCAAUAUGGGAACCAUCACUUAUUACUUUGUUUUAUCUGUCUGCGUUUUUGCUUUUGCUACUCAUGAUUUCAAGGAAAAAGACAUAGUACAUUUUCGAUUCACUCGAGACAAUAAAUCGACUGACUACUAUAUGUUUGUGGCUCAAAAUGGAGUAAAUCCAGAAUCAUUUUCUAACUCAGCUGUGAUUGGAAUUCUAAAACCAACGACAGCAGACUACAUCCAAAUGGUCGAUAAGUUAAGUACCGCACAACUUCCGUCCCAGUAUAAAGGAAGAUUUACUACUUUAUACGUAGGAGAUGAAUUGGUAGUCGCGGCGAUGGUGUAAUGAAAUUAGAUUAGUACAGAUAAUCUUCUUCAUAAAUUUAUAGUAUAAAAAAUCAUCUUAUUCUUACAUAGUCAAAAAAAUGUAUAUAUAUAUAUUUUUCAAUAAUGAUACAUUUCAAUUUUAAUUAUACAUAAAAAUAUUUUAUUCGCAAUAAUAAUACAAUGUCAUAAUUACAUAAAAAUAAU